GCAGAAGAGCCUAUACUUUUGGCGUUCGCCCUGGUCUGUCUUCGUCGUUUGGUGGCCUGAUCAGUUCUAAUAUCUAAUAUAAUGUCACCACUGGUGCUGCUGAAUCUUCUCUGUUUCCUGGCUAGGGUGCAGUCUCAGCAGACUUUUCCUUACAUCGCGUUCAUGGACAUGAGGUGUUGGCUAACCAUUCGUCUGUGGACAUCAGUCUGGUGGGAGUGGAGCGAGUAGUACCAGUGUUCUAUGUAUCACCGACCUAAGCACAUGUUGUUCUGGUGCCAAUGGUCCUCAUCGUGGAGAUUGGUAUUUCCCUAAUGGAACUAGACUGCCAUUCGCAGCGCUUGAUGUCCGACGUCUAUGAGACUCGUAUAGCAGAGGGAGUUGAACUACGCCGUUGGAACCCAUCCACUACAUCACCACCAUCUGGAAUAUAUCGCUGUGAUAUUCCAACUAAUGCUGUCCAUGAUGAUACUGACAUAUCUGUGAGAGACACAGUGUAUGUAGGAGUUUACACUGCCAGUGGAGGUUCCAUUACUAUAAAUGUGGGGAUUUUGCGCAAUGGUAACAUCCUAACCUGUAUCUCUACUGGUGGACCUGCUACCACUGUAACUUGGACCAGAGACUCCACCACUAUCACCCAAGGAACUGAGACUGUGUUGGUUGACCCAGUGACUGCACAGUACAAUCACACUCUUCAUGUAGUGGGGAGUUCUCGAGGUAGCUACACUUGUACUGUGUCUAAUAAUAAGCCAUCGUCUGCAUCUGCCAGCAUCGAUAUUCGAGGUACAAGCCUUAACGUUAUUCUUGGUCUACCAACGAUAGGGGCUACCUGGAUCUACCUCCCUUGGGAGAUCAGUGAAUUGGACGAGAACUUGUACUCAAUAGUGUGGGACGGGAACCCAUCAGUUAGGUGCCCUGGUGUCGGUGGUGGUAGAGAGGACAGCAUACGGAACACCUUGGGGAGCUACAACAUUACUGGACUGGAAGAGGACAGUCGGUAUAUAUUUGUUGUGAGAGUGUCAAAUAUAGAAGGCCAAACUAGCUCUCUUACUGACACAGCUACCACACUGGAAGCUGUUCCAGCUACUUCUCCAGCUGGACUAAAUGUGUCCUCUGUGAGUGACAUAAGCAUCACCGUCUGUUGGGAGGAGCUACCAUGUUUCGACCAGAAUGGGCACAUCACGGGCUACUCUGUACGGCAUGGAGAGGUGGGGACUAAUAUCUCAGCAACUAUCAAUGUCCCUGAUGGCGGUGGAAACCACCAAACAAGCAUCUCUGGACUGAUACCUUCAACUGAAUACUGGAUCCAAGUAGCAGCUGUAAACAGUGCUGGUACUGGGGACUAUAGCGAUUUUAUUGUUCAAGAAACUGAUGGUGUUGACUGUGGUGAUCCCCCUGGGCUAAUAAAUGGAAGGUUUACUGCCUCUUUCAUAAACACCACGUAUAAUUCAACUGUCACCUAUGAGUGCAUUGAAGGUUUUAACUUGCAUGGAGCUGACUCACGAACUUGUUUUGCUAGCGGAAAUUGGUCAGGUGAAGACAGCUUUUGCAGUGAGUUAUAAUGCAAUGUGAUGUGAACACUAAUUGCUUCAGUUACAUAGUUACAGAAGCAGCCACAGCAGCCGCUAGUGUGUGUGGUGGCAUUACAUGUUGGCUCAGUGCUGUUGCUCUGGCGGCUAUAUUCAGUUCUGUGGUCAUUGUGCUCCUGCUGCUGGUGUGUUUAACUGUGACUGGCUGUGUGGUGAGACAGCGAACCAAAAAACCUGCAGCUCUUUCUCCUUAUGCUGAAUCUCGUGACGUUGUUUCCAUACCACUCCACUACACAGCUCCUAACAUUGGGAAUGUCCCAGAUGUGCCACCAUCUCAAGUGCAGCUACUGACUGAAGACCUCAGGGCGAAGAACAUGCUUUUCCCCAAGAGCCACAUCCAGCUGGGCAAAGUAAUCGGUCAAGGGGAGUCAGGCUUGGUUUAUCGUGGAUAUCUCAAAGAUGGUGGUGCAGCCAAUACAUUGGUAGCUAUAAAAACUGGCAAAGCUCUAUUGGCAGAGGACGACAAAGAGAGACUCCUGAAGGAGGUUUCUCUGAUGCUCACCUUCAACCACCCAAAUGUGAUGCAGCUAAUUGGACUCUCGUUUGAUGGGGAGACACCCCUACUCAUUAUGCCGUUCAUGCUGAAGGGAAAUGUUUUGGAGUAUGUGAGGGAACACAGAGAAAUCCUCUUCAUCACAGACCCCAAAGAGCACAAGCAGGUUGAAGCUUCCAGGAAGACUUGUCUGGGAAUGUGCUACCAGAUAUCUAAAGGAAUGUCCUACCUUGCCAACUUCAAGUUUAUUCACCGUGACCUGGCCGCCAGAAACUGCAUGAUUGAUGGGAAUGAUGUAAUCAAGGUCUCAGACUUUGGACUGACAGAGGACAUGUACAACUCUGACUACUACCGUCACAGCAGCAGUCAGACUGGGAACAAGGAGAAGAUACCAAUCAAGUGGAUGUCCCCCGAGAGUAUUGAGACUAAUAUAUUUGACGAGAAAACUGAUGUGUGGUCGUUUGGAGUGACAUGUUGGGAGGUGUUCACGUGUGGAGGAGUGCCGUAUGCUGGGGUCCCAGUCACCAUUCUACUGCGUGAGCUCCGCUCUGGAUACAGACUCGAUAAACCCAGCAACAUCUCCUGCUCUGAUGACAUGUAAGUCCUGAUUACACUGUGCAAAUACUGACGUUUGCAACAUCUGUGCACCUUUCAAUGUACUAUACAUGUGACCUGUCAAGAUUUAGACAGGUAAAAUAUUACAAGUGGAAAAAAUAACAUCAAACAAAGAUAUAGGGAUGGUAUCAUGUAGCUUUGUGUGUCUUCGCGUUUU